GUUUCUUUUCUGAUUCUAGAACGGUUUUUGUUUUCUCGCAAAGACGCGAUGUUGAAGUCCGAGGUGCAGAAAAUGGAAGCAGCCGCUCGGGUGCUCGAUCAUCGCGAAAUUGCGGAGAUUUCAAAAGCGAUUCUCAAUUCCGUUCGCGAUGCGGAUAUGGACGAAAAAUCGCGCGUUUUUUGUGCGAUGAGUGGCAUUUUUGCAACCUUGAUGGAGAAGCGUUGCGGAGACGCUCAAGUUUUGCCUGCAGAAGUAGAUGAUGUCCAUGCGUGCCUUUUGACUGUGGUGCGAGUUCUGUCGACGCUUUUGAAAACUCAAAACGAAAAAUCGCAAGAUUUGCUACAACGAGCUCGUCAGCUGGUUUGUGACAAAACUGGUCGAGUUCCCGCUGAUUUGCUCAUCAACGGCGCGAUAAUGUUCCUGAAACUGACCUGUUCAAGUGGUGACCACGGGGUCGGGAAACUCUUGUCAACGGAAUUCACGGCAGAAAUGCUUCCGCUGAACCAAGCCUCAUUCUUGGUUGCCUUUCUCGGCCAUGAAUGCUCAACGUGUGUUCAACCGACUGUUGAAUGGUUGGACAUUCUGCAUACUAGAGUUCGUAAGGGUCUUCGCGAAUCCGAGAAAUCCCAUGACAUUCAAGAAAUCAUUGGAUGGCAUCGUUGCAUUUUUCACGGACUGAAAAAGCUCUCAACGAUGAAAGAACCGCUUCCGAAAAGUACAAUACUCACUUGCAAUGAAUGGAUCAACGAGCUCUUCGCAAGUUCCGAGGUAACAGUCGACACUGUUCGGCACAUUGCACGGGACUGUUUCCCCAUGUUGCUUGCAACUUACGCAAAACUGGAUCCAUCUCGACUGAAAUGCGUUGUCGAGCAGUUGAGGGACAUGGAACCCCACAGGAAGAGCCGAUGCGAUGGAAAAGCGGAGGAUUUGUUGAAAAAUCUGGUCAUCGUCGACUCGAAGGUGGCAGCCUCCAUGUGCGACGCGUUGGAUUUCGAGAAAGUCACAGAGCCCCAAUUGCGACUUGUGCUCAAGUGUCAGUUAGCCUUGAAGAUGAAUAACAAGGGAAUCGAAGGAUUGGAGAAAUUCGUCGAUCUCGGUCUGAUGCGUCGAAGCGAAGAAAUCUGCCUCGCCGCGUUUGCCGCCGAAUGCUUUUGUUUGCAAACUACGAAGCCGAUUCCAGAACGCACUUUUGCGAGUUUCUUGAUUUAUUACGACUCUGGAAAGUUUACAAGAGUCGCUUCAGUGAGACAACGGGCUUUGGCAGUAGUGAAGAAAUUUCUGAAGUGGAUCGCCGAUAGUUGUGCGCCCAGCAAGCGAAAUGAAGGCAGAAAGGAUCACGACGAGCACGUGAUGAAGGCCCUGACGUUCUUCGGCGACUUGUUUGGAAGAAUUUGCCGGGAUUUCGUACCCGGGGCCCAUUAUGCUUCCCUCAGUUUUGCACUUGGCGUUUUGGGCUUGAUUUCCGGGGAGAUGGGCUGGGAUUGUGAGCCGUUGGGCUCGUGGAGUGAAAAAGGAAAUUGGUGGAAACGUUUAAUGCCGGGAUUGCUGAGCUGUGUUCGAGAACCAUUCGAUGACCUGAAGGAAGCAGCUUUAAAUAUUCUACGAAGCUUUGAUGGUUUCCGGAUAGAGCCAUUUGCUGAAAGCCAAUUUCUGGACCAUUUGAUCGUUCAAAGUUCGGGUUUCGACGCCAAAACCGCAUCAAGUGCUGCGUGCAUGAUCGGUCUUUUAUCAGUAGCCAAAGAAGGAACCGGGAUCCUAUCCAAACUGAAGUCAGAUCUCUCAAAAGCUGUCGAAUUGGCCGAAGAAGAUUUUGUUGCCGCUUCGGCAUCGUCUCCCAUGUUUGGUACUCUUUGUGCUAUCCGAAGGUGCUUCAAAUCCUCAGAAUCUCUGGGACGCCAAAACUUGAACAUUAUCGAAGAAAUCAUGGCGCUGACGAGAAGAUGCUGCGUUGUUGCCCUUCCGGUGUCGGCCUCGGAAUCACCGGAAGGAUUUCUACCGGAAAUGGCUGCUUCAAACGAAGUCGAAGAACCGACGGAAGAGAGUAACGUUCAGUGCGUCACUUCGAGGAUGAUAUUAUCUUGCUCUUGGAGAACUUUGAAGGAAGGAGCUAAUUUGAUUCAGGUCGCAGUUGAAACGUUCAUGCACGAUUUCGACCCCGGAUUCUUGAUUGACCUCACUUCCGUUCUUGUCGAAAUUCUCGAGGUAGUGAAGCAUCGCGCAGCGUUUGAGCAAGUGUUCUCGUGUUUCAAGUCCGUGUGCUUUUCAUUUUGGCGUUGCUCAAACCCGAGCCUUGCCAAACAACCUUCAGCCUGGCUUGAAUCCCUUCUUGGCAAGUUGAGCGACACUUCCGGUGUGGAAUUGUGCACGACGCGACGUGGGGCCGGUGUGCCUUUUAUUUGCCAAGCAAUCCUCGCCACCGAACCGACUGUGAAUGCUUUUAAUCAUUUGCACAAAGCCAUGCAAACCCUUUUCAAGUGUAGUGAUAUUGAAGUGAAUUCCGUGACUUGCGUGAAUUUGCUGCGCGCUUUGUUUUGCGACUCGGAUUGUUGUGAAGGCACUUCCGUGUUUGUGGAACAAGGCUUGCUUUUGUGCAUCCGAAACUUCAAUUCUCGAGACUGGGGAUUGAGGAAUGCAACGAGUUUGAUGUUUGUCAAGCUCCUGGUGCGAGUAUUCGGCGUGCGACGGGAUAAAAACGACGAGUGUGCAUCGAAAAAUUCGAAAACUCUGUCUCGGUUUCGAAGCGAGUUUCCAAGUUUAUGGAAAGUGAUGGAGUCUGAAGUUUUGGAAGCUGUUCCAGCCGUAAAAGUGGACAUGGAUGAUAUCGAUAAACGAAGACAAGUCGUGAAAGUGCGAACCAAACGGAGUUUAGUUCCAGUCCUCAUUUUGUUGCGCCAUUUGAAACCCACGGAAGAACGCGAAGAGGUGCGACACGGAGUCGUGCGGGGUCUUCUUCGGUGUUUAAGAAGCGAAGAUUUGGAAACUAGAUCUUUGGCUGGAGAUGCAAUCUUAUCACUGACCAGGUGUGAAGAAAUUCCCCGGGUUCUUGGUGACAUUUUCUGCAAGUUGCCGGAUGCAGUGUGGAAUGAGGGCGCUUGUGGGGUUGAUGGUUUGUUGAUCACAGCAAGGAAGCUUUUGGUUUCACCUGGUUUCAAUGCUGAUAAAUUGCCCCCGAUUCAUCUGCUUCGUGGAAGAGCACUAGACGUGAUAACCAUAUUCAUGGCGAAGCGGAUGAUCGACGAAGGUGGAAAGUUUCUCGUAUUCGAGUUGCUCGGCUCGUGCGACAUCAGCGCUGCCCUGAAACUACCCAGCUGGGAACCCGGGGUACUCACGUAUAAAAUAUCCACCUUGUCGUUAUUACUAUCUGCUGCCUUGGGCAUGAAACUUCCGUGGAAAAGCUUCGUUGCUUCGUUGACAUCUAUGGCUCAGGCUUGCGAAAACGACGUUGACGUUAUAACCGUGGUAGUGGAAUUCCUGAGUGUUUUGGUCGGUGUCAAGCCCUUGGUUACGCGCGAAGUGGACUGUGUGUUGCUUGAGAAAAAUUUGGUGAAUGUGAAGGAAGCAGAGUCGAAAGAGGUUUUGGAGCAUUGUGAAAAACUGCUCGUUUUCUUGUGGAACGUUGGUGUUGAACUGGAUGACAACGUGCUCAUGGCGGGGAUGAAUUGGUUGCUGGCUGAAGUUGUCAGGCUGCGAGGCUUGGACGAUGAUGGGUUUGUCGAGCAGAUCGUGGCUCAUGCUGUGAAGUGUUCACGGGACACUUGCGUUCAUGAUCUGAAGAAAGCUUCACUCUCGCUGGCAUUUGCAUGCAUUACAUCACCCAAAUGUAGCGAGAGAAAUCAGCUGGAUGAUGUUGUGGGUGACCUGGUUACGAUAGGGUCGAAGCCACAAUCCGACGUCGAACUGAAGCUUGUCACUGCCGAGUUCCUUCUAACGGUGUCUCGACUCCGUCCCGACCUUUUCAAACAUUGUGGGCCAUUUUGGGAUGCCUUGUAUUUGCUUCUCAACAGCGCCGAAGAUAAAGUGAGAUGUUUAAUUUGUUGCGCUGUGGAUGCCUUGGAUUCCGGUGUAGAGACGAACGGGUUGUGUGCUAGUGAAGAAGCUAGUUUGCGAAAAAUGUUGAAUGUUGGUAAGAGCCGAGUUUCGAAUGAUGUUUUCAAUGCUCGGAUGCUGAGCUGGGUUUUCUCGUUGGGUGACGCUUGUGAAGGCGAAGAAUCUGACUUGAUGUUGGACGAUGCAUUUAUGAGCUUUCGGGUCUUGGGUAAAGUUCUCUUGGAAAAUUUGGACCCGGGAGACGGGAUUUGUUUGCCCAGUUGGGUUUCACGAAAGGAAAGUGAGACUGUUGAGGAAUCGUUGUUGCGCUUUUUGCGAAGUACCGUUGAACUGGUUUCUUUUCAAACGGGUGUGAGAAGUUUUGCAGAAGAGGAGUUGUUGCUAAGGCGAAUUUUCAUCGUUGCUGGAGUCCUGCGGUGUUCUGAUUCAAGAGUUGAUGAAGACGUACGGGAGACGUUUUUGUCAACCACGCUUUUAUUUGGAAGGACUGAGUUGCAUUCGGAUAUUGGGGACUUGUUGUUUGGGAUGAAGAAAAUUUAAUCAAAAGCCUCAAAGUGAUCUUUGAUGUGGCCAGCCCUAAAUCGACUAUAUUAUGUUAUUUGUUUUUAGUAGAUGCUUUAGUUUGGCGGAUUUCUCCAAAAAUUUGGGGAGUGACUGCAAAUUUUAGUUUCUUAUGUGCGUUUCAGACAUCCAAAAGUAUGGGAUAAUUUGCUGUGCCCCUCCUCAAAAAGCAACAUACAAUGACGUGUUCAUUUCUUCCCA